AUGCCCCAAAAAAUCGCCAUCCUUGGCUCUACAGGUCGAACAGGCCGUGUCGUCGUGAAAAGUCUGCUAGAAAACGAAACCGAGUCUUACCAUCUCCACCUUCUCGUGCGUUCCAAAGAAAGGCUCGAAGGCCUGAUACCUGACAUUCAAUUCCAUCCACGGGUAGCCAUAGACGAAGGACUUCCCAACGACAUUGCAGCAGUCAAGAGCUGCCUUUCCGAGGCAUCAUUUAUCGUGUGCACCAUCGGGACCAACAACAAUGAACCUGGCAUCUCAAUGAUUCAGGAGACCGCAUCGACGAUUGUCGCAGCCUUGGAUGAGCUGAAGAAAGAGGGAGGAAACACAUGGAAACGUCCACGUCUCACGUUUCUUUCCUCUGCUUCGCUGAAUGAUCAGUUCGUAUCGUUACGUCCUUGGGUGCUACAUUGGGCGGUUAUGAACGCAUGCAAUUAUAUCUAUGCAGACUUGGCAGUUGCGGAGGAUAUUCUUUUGUCGAACAAGUCGCUUUUGACAUUGACGCUAGUCCAACCUCCCUUGCUACUAGAAGGGAAAAGGUCAGACUACACAAUUUCCGAGACUUAUGUGGGCCCGGCUGUUUCUUAUGAGGAUCUUGGAGCUGCUAUGGCAGAGUUGUGUAUAGUACCGGAAGCAGAUGGGCCGACCUGUGCGGGAGUCACCAGCGACCCGUCAGGAGAGAUGGCAUCGGCUGCAUUGCAAGGGCCGAAAAAUCUCCUCACGGGCUUCCUAGGCCGAAUGAUACCUGGGUAUUGGAAAUUACACGGGAUUUGCUUUGGAAUUUGA